GGCCCUGCCCCGCUGCGCGUGACCGCCGAGCCUGCGCCGAGCUGCGCCCGGGCCGCCGGCCGCGCGAUGCUGCUGCUGGCCGCCGCGUCUCUCGUGGCCUUCGUGCUGCUGCUCUACAUGGUGUCCCCGCUCAUCAGCCCCAAGCCCCUCGCCCUGCCUGGGGCGCACGUAGUGGUUACAGGAGGCUCUAGUGGCAUCGGAAAGUGCAUUGCUAUCGAGUGCUAUAAACAAGGAGCCUUUAUAACUCUGGUUGCACGGAAUGAGGACAAGCUGUUGCAGGCAAAGAAAGAAAUCGAAAAACACUCUAUUAAUGAUAAACAGGUGGUGCUCUGUAUAUCAGUCGAUGUGUCUCAAGACUAUAGCCAAGUGGAGAACGUCAUGAAACAAGCGCAGGAGAAGCUGGGCCCGGUGGACAUGCUUGUAAACUGUGCAGGAAUGUCACUUGCAGGGAAAUUUGAAGAUCUUGAAGUUAGUACUUUUGAAAGGCUGAUGAGCAUCAACUACCUGGGCAGCGUGUACCCCAGCCGGGCCGUGAUCGCCACCAUGAAGGAACGCCGCAUGGGCAGGGUCGUCUUCCUGUCUUCCCAGGCCGGGCAGCUGGGCCUGUUUGGUUACACAGCGUACUCUUCAUCCAAGUUCGCCCUCAGGGGACUGGCGGAGGCUUUGCAGAUGGAGGUGAAGCCUUACAAUGUGUAUGUCACAGUUGCCUACCCACCAGACACGGACACCCCUGGGUUUGCAAAAGAAAACCAAACCAAGCCUUUAGAGACACGUCUUAUUUCAGAGACCACAUCGGUCUGCAAACCAGAACAAGUGGCCAAACAAAUUGUUAAAGACGCUGUACAAGGAAAUUUCAACAGCUCCAUCGGUUCUGACGGGUACAUGCUGUCAUCGCUGACCUGUGGAAUGGCUCCAGUAACGUCCAUCAUGGAAGGGCUCCAGCAGGUGGUCACCAUGGGCCUCUUCCGCACGAUCGCACUGUUUUACCUUGGAAGUUUCGACAGUAUCGUUCGUCGCUGCAUGAUGCAGAAGGCGAAAUUGGAAACUGUAGACAAAACUGCGUAAUUCUUACCCCUUGGAAAAAGACUGUCUGAAUAAUUUACCAGCUUGCUGCUAAGUGGGACACAGUUUUGGGCUUGCAGACAUUUAUGUCUUGCUUUCUAAUCUGUGAGAUUGGACCAGUGAUCUUCAGAAACCUGGCUGCAAGCAAGGGGAUCGCCGUUCAACUCCAGACUAUUAUUAAUACUAUGCAAAUACGGAGGAGACUACUUGAUUCUCUGAGGUGGAGAGGUGAUGGUAAGGGAGCUCAUUCCAUGUGAGCAGGAUUCCGGAACGAUCACUGAAAUGUUUCUUCUAUUUUUUUUCCCGUUAGAAAUCAUGUCCAGAAAUGGGUUUCUGGGACCUUUUCUUUUUUUCUCUUUUUUAACUUGGUGUGUUUUAUUCCAGAUGCAUUUUACACAUUGCCGUGGGGUAUGAAUGCAUAAUAAUGUCCCUGACUCACUCUGAUGCUGGUGGUCACUGUGGUUUCUUUCUCUUUGAUCCCAUAAAACUACGUGGGGGAUGGGAGAGGACCAUACAGAGGAACGAAGGAGAUAAAUAUUUUCCAGUAGGAAAAAACAAUGACUUUUUUUGUCUUCUUUAGACUUGAAUGCUUAGGGCACAUCUCAUUUUUCAUUCAUGGAGAAAGGGAGCCUCCUAAAAUAUUUUCUGAAGAGGAGUAAAACCUUAGAAGCUUAAAAGUUUACAAUUUCUUCAAUAGCCAUAAUGACCUGAAGCUCACCCAUUCCAUUGUAGUUUCUUAUUCUUCCCAUGUCUUCCUUUCCAAUUUUGCUUAGACUGCUAUAAUAUUUUUAUAAAAAAAGAAAAGAGAGAGACCAGUUUUUUUUUCCUUGACUUUAAAAAUUAAUUAAUGAAUUUAUUAAAGCAAAUGAAAAAGUUAGAAAGUGUGACCUUUUUCUCCUCGUAGCGUAUAUGUAGCUUUUAAAAAAGACUGAAGGGGGACUUUGCCAGUGGUCUAGCGGUUAAGACUGCCCUUCCAAUGCAGGGACACAGGUUCGAUCCCUGGUCAGGGAACUAAGAUCCCACAUGCCAUGUGGCGCAGCAAACAAACAAUGCUGCCAGCACAUUUAAGCUGGGUUUCCUGGGAUGGCCCUGCGGGUUUCCCCCUUUGUUGUGCCCGUGUGGCGCCGUACACUGAUAAAUGUUUGUAUUGAACCUUCCUUGCACUGCAGAGAUAGAGUCCAUCUGGCCAAGGUGUAUAAUCAUUUUAAUAUGCAGCUGAAGCAAUACUUUUACGGACCCACCUCCUUAUAAAAUAAGUUAGAAGAUGUAGCCCCUUCCGUUUUCUGCCGGUGUUGGGGCAGGGGGCGCUCCUGCGGAGGCGCCCUCGAGGCGGGCACUGGCAGCAGCCUCAGUUUACUCAUUAAGAAAAAACAAGCACGACAGGGCUGCCCGGUGUUGAAGACGCUUGUUUCUGAAAUGAAAUGAUCGCCCUAUUCUUUCCAUGACUCCACUGACCUUGAGAACAUCUACCGCGUGUUAAGCAAGCCAGCCGUGGUCGCUGGCACAGCGCAGGCCUGGACGCGUUUUGCUCCCGGGACGCGGCGCGCUGUCCACUGGCGGAUCCGCUGCGAGGCCGGUGAGCCGCAGCCGUGAUGCGCUCUGCAGACCUGAGACCCGAGGGCGGCGCUGUCGUUGUGCCGAGCCCCGCGCUCUUGCACACGCCGUGAGCUUAUGCAUCUCCACAUUCCAGUUCCUUUUAGUGAGAAAAGACCACUGCUUUGGAAGAAAACAGCAGUUGUACAAGAGAUUAAAGAUCUGAACACUAACAAACCUUUUUUACUCUUGAGUUUUUGAACUCUUGACUUUCAAAUGACUUAAUUUUUACAAAGUAAGAUAUUUAAUGGCUUUUAUCCACAGUGUCUUUUUAAAAGACAUGAGAAUAACACAUGUUCAAACACUGACAGAGACAGAAAAAUUAUUAUUUAAUAUAUAAGUUGCUUGGGAUGACUUCAUUGCAGUCUAUCGGGGUGGGUUGAACCCAUAAAGUUUUCAUGAGUCUUUCAGCCUUCAGGAGCCAUCGUCUGCAAACUCUGUUGAGUCAUAUGGGGCCCCUUCUAAAAGGGAGUAAUGACUGUAUUUUCCUCAUUCCCAGAAAACAGAUACAAAGUAAAAGCUGGGUGUUUCUCAAUUUUAUUCUUAUUUCUCAUAAGUGUUUCUUGAAUGUGGGUAUCUUCUACUGAUGGUCUAUAUUAAAGUCUAGUCCAAAAUGGUGCAUUCUUAAAUUAACUAUUUUACAGUAGUUAUUCAAUAUACAUUUCUCAAGGUAUUCUCAGAGAGAGUUCAGUCAUUCCAGGUCACCUACUACCUGAACAAAUCUAAGAGCCCCUGUUCCACAACAGGGAGAUAUCCCCAACUGAGAUGAAGCUCGAGCAUGAGAGCAGAUUCGUGGAAAUUAUAGCAUCGGGGAAUUAUAGCACAAGAUUCAUGGAAAUAGAGCAUCUGUCAGAGUUGGCAAAGGUCUACAGUUUUGUAAACAAAAAGGUUUGAAAACUGAUGUGUUCCUUUUUUUCUUCCUACACUUGGUGCCAUAACGCACUUGAUAGCAAAACCUGACUUGAGAUUCCUGUAGUUUUUAUUUAUGUCACACCAUGGGCUGAUCACUUGUCUGAAGAAAUACCAACGGUUUUGAUGACAGGGAUUGCCCCAGACUCUGUGGAGAUGUUUUUUUAUAAUAUCCAGAGUAGACCCCAUAUUACCUUUUCAAAAUGUUAAAGAAAAAAAAUUUUUUUUGGAUGGGUGAUUGUAGACACUUAAGAAGCAUCACACAGUGACCUGGAUUCAUCUAAAUCGUGAAACUAUUACAAGGCAAAUUCUAUUUUUUAUCUUUUUUGGCUCAAUUCUUGUUAAAACCGUUUAUUACACUGAUUUCUUUUUUGCUCAGAAAGAAGAGAAAGACUGAAUCAGACUGCAGAUUGUUAGGGAAACUAUUGGCUUUUUUUUUUUUUUUUUUUUUUUAAGGAUCACAUUGAUUCAACACUUUCUAUUGUGCUCAGAAGUGGGUAAGUCUUACUUGUGACAGAAGAAGUUUAAUCAUAAUUCUGUUGAAAGGUGGAUUCUGUGUAUGUGACCAACAGUAGCUUAUUAUGUGAGUUUCAGGUCUGAUGUGCCUGCCUCUGCUAGGUUGGGUUGUACUAUUUUAUUAUAAUGUAUUUGUGAGUAUAUUUAUUUUAAUGUUUAACGUUAUUCAGCCAUUGAAAUUGCAAAGUAUGUUCAAGGACCCUAUGUCAUUGAAAAAGGUAUAAAAAUUCUCAUUUAUUUUUGCCAAAACAAAGUCAAGAGUGUUGUUCUUUUCUAUGUAUUUAAAAUUUAACGUUGACAGCUGAAAGGAGAAGAAAUUAAAAAUGCUGUUACUGAUGGCCCCUUUACAUGAAAUUGGAUUUGUUUCAUUAUAAGUCUCUGUUUGGAUCCAGUAAACCAUUUAUUUUUGAUUCUUGGAAGUAAAAAUUUGACAGACCAUUUCUAAUGUUAAAUGACAAAACCUUUUUCAUAAUAGUUGCUUUGAUUCAAAGAAUUGUAUGUCUUUGUCUUUUCAGAAGAAGGUAGUCCCAUAAUAAUUUUUUAAAAAUGGAUUGUAUCAACAUAUUUAAUUUUAUUAUAUCAUAUUACAAUUUAAAUAUCUUAACUUACUUGAGGACACUUAAGCUAUUCAUACUUUUUAACCUAAAAUGUUUUGUAUCUUUCUCAUUUCCUUAACUUCUUAGUGACUCAGCGUUGAAAAAUACCUACUAACCAUAAUCUUCCAUAUUCUGGACUAAAUCUUGUUUAGUUCAGAGCAGUGAUGGCAGAUUCGGUAUUUUGAAGAGGAGAGACUAGCUUUAUAUUCUACACUUGCUUGAGGUGAAACUCUAAAGGCAUUUUUAAACUGAGGAGCAUAUGGCUAUUUUGAUAUAGAAUAGAACCUGUGUUUGCUACUUUAGAAGCUUUUGUGGCAGAAUUGUAACCUAAUUUUCAUAUCUUGUAUUUCUGAAUCACGACAAAAAAUAAAUGGGGAACAUGCUUUACA